GAAGAAGUUGGGAAGAUGCAAAAAGGCAAAAACAUUGAAUUUUGGCUCUCGAUUCCUCUCCUUCGAGAACCAGACAACCAGGCUCAGAUCUCCAAAUGACCAGCGAAAAAAGCCCAGAUCCGCUGGCACCAAUCACGAAUGCACUGGCAACAGCAGACCAGGUCCUGGUUUCUCACACCCGCGGCCUGAGCGCAGAUCUGGUCGCGCGUCUGCACUACACCGGCGGCAGUCUGGCGCAAGUAUCGGGCGCGAUUCUCAAGCUUGAGACACAGGUGAUUGCGACCGCUUUGGUUCUCUUCCACCGGUUUCACCUGCUUGCUGGAUUUUUGGAGCAUUCAAUAGAUGAUACGGUUAAAGGGUGUCUGUAUAUCGCGACCAUGCUGUGCGAGGUUCCGGUUAAUCCGCGAGAUAUAGUGGCUGCCGUGGAGGCUGCUUGCGAUGAUCCACUCGCAACCGGCUUCAAGUCCAUCAUCCGGCGGAAACCAGCGUCAUUUGGACCCCAGUUUCUAAAUGCACUGUAUAAAGCGCAACUACAGGUGCUGACUACGCUCGGCUUUGACAUGCACGUCGUCGUGCCUUAUACUCUAUGCCUCGAGUAUUUGCAGGCUAUGAAUAUCAGUGAAGCGUCGGAUCGAGCGCUGCUUGGACAACGGGCAUGGAAUUAUCUUAAUGAUAUGAUGAAAAGCAGGAUAUGCAUUUUCCAGCAACCAAACGCGAUGGCUGUGACUGCGCUGUGGUUGGCAUCGCGCGAGACCGAGGUGGACUUGCUCGAUGGUGAACGGUGGUGGACGAUAUUCGAUGUCGACACCGAAGAUAUGGGACAUAUACUUGUUCUCUUGCGAGAAUCUAAAGCUAUCGCUAUUUCUGAACGAGACCGGCUGGUUAAAGGGCUCGAGCCGACAUUACGCGUUGAGGAUGUGACUGCCCGGAUCAACGAGGAAGCCACGGCCUGACGUAGAGUGUGUACGAUGUG